AGUCCGACCAUUCUCUACGUGUCCGGCUAACUAGUGCUACCAAAAUGCAGACAUAGAGGGAGAGACCCCUCUCAACAUUUUGGAACAGUUAAAGUCUACCUGCGUGCCCCUCUCAACAUGAAGAAGAUGAAUGGCGUUCGCGGGCACUUUUUCAUGAAGAGUCUGGCAUGGAGAUCAUUCUCAGUUUCUCACCUGGUAACGUCCAUUUACCUAUCCCUCACUUUCCCCUCUUUAAUUUAUCAUGUAGUUUUCAUGAUGUUGCUGCUGUGCCAAAUAUUCAAGAUUCAUACUCUCAACUCAGUAAAUCCAAGUUUGCAAGUAUUAUUCAGCUUGACGAUGCAAUUUGUUUGUACCGUCACAUGGUUACAAUGAGACCCCUUCCUCCCAUCGUGAAAUUCAACCAACUCUUGACUGCUGUUGUCAAGAUGGGUUGUUACCACGAGGCUGUCUCUCUAUUUCGAAAUAUUUUUGUUUCUGGCAUUCUGAUAAAUGAGAGCACACUGAACAUUUCUGCCAAUUCCCUUGUCCGUUUGCACAAAGUAGAUUUGGCAUUUGCUGUUUUAGGAAUCCAUUUGAAGUUGGGCCUGGUACCUGGUGUGAUUUUGUUCAGCACCUUACUGAAAGGAUUUUUUCUGCAACAUAGGGUUCAAGAUGCGGUUUGGUUGUUCCAGAAGGUAUUGAAUGAGAAGGUGUGUGAGGUGAAUGAAGUUACAUUAUCAAUAUUGAUUGAUGGCCUCUGCAAGGCAGGACACACUGCAAAGGCUGUUAAGCUGCUUCACUUAUUUGACGAGAAGGGAAGCUGCAACUGCAAGCCAGAUAUAUUUGCAUAUAGCGCCGUUAUUGACUCGUUGUGUAAGGAUAAAAUGGUGGACGAUGCUCUCCGCCUGCUAGAGAAGAUGAUGGAAAAGGGAAUUCCUCCGAAUAUCGUGACAUAUUGUUCACUUAUUGAUGGGCUCUGCAAAUUCAGUCGAUGGGGAGAGGUCGAAGAGUUACUGAAAACAAUGAUCGACUAUAGAGUUCCUCUCGAUACCUAUACAUACAACAUUCUAGUUGUUGGGUUUUGCAGGGAAGGAUGGGUUGCCAAAGCUGCAAAACUCAUAGAUAGGAUGAUUCAAGAAGGUGUGGAUCCUGAUGUAAUCACAUAUAAUGCUUUGAUGGAUGAAUACUGCUCAUGCGGAAAACUGAGCAGUGCAUUCAAACUCCUACAGACCAUGAUAGAUAGGGGAUGUGACCCUGAUAUUCGGACUUUUAGCAUUUUGAUAAAUGGAUGUUACAAGAGCGGGUGUUCAUAUAAGGCCGUACAAUUAUUUGGAAAAUUACAAAGUGAAGGUUUAAAGCCCACAGUUGUCACCUACAACACUAUGUUAAUGUGUUUGUUUCACGAUGGGAGAUGUGAUGAUGCUGAGAAUCUUUUUAAGGAGAUGGUGGGAAAUCGAGAACAUCCAGAUCUCACCACCUACAACAUUCUUCUAGAUGGAUUUUGUAAGAAUCAUCGCGUACUUCAAUCACUUUCUUUACUACAGAUGAUGGAAGUUGGUAGUCCUAUCCCCAAUUUAAUAAGCUACAAUAUUGUUAUCAACGGACUAUGGAAUGAUGGGAAGGAAAGGAGUGCAAUAAAACUAUUUAAUGCCCUUCCCUCUAAAGGACUUCUGCCAGAUAAGUAUACUUACAAUAGUAUGAUCAUUGGACUUUGCCGAAAAGGCUUUCUAGAAGAUGCUAGAGAUAUGGUCAAGAAAAUGGAGAAAAAUGGUUAUAUGGCUAAUAGUGUUGUUUACAAUGUAUUGAUUCGUGGGAUACUGAAAGAGAAAGGGUAUGGUGAAGCUGUAUUACUUUUGGAAGAGAUGCAAAGACUUGGACUCUCACCUGACAAUAACACCUGUGAGAUUGUACUGAAGACCAUCUUGCAAAAAGGAUCGGAUUCUGCUCUGCUUCAUAUGCUACUGAAUAAAAAGGGAAAUUGUUAAAGUAUUAGUUCUAAUUUAUCUUACUGUUAGCUAAACCUAUUAGUGUUCAUGUACAUUUCGAUACAUCCAUCUUGUUUGACAAAAUUUAUCAACUUAUAGGCACAUUUAUGUUGGGAUGUAUCGGACUGGUAUAUAUGUGUGCGAUUAAGUUAACUACUUUGAGGUCGUAUGGCUUUCACAUUAGAAGUAAUUAUAUGCAUAACUUAUUGUGGAAUUUGCUGUGAAAGUUAUUUUUGUUUUUGUUUUUCAGGGGGAUUGGACUUGGGACACAGUAUGCUAAUCUUUUACUUUUUAUUCCAAGUGAACCAAUUUUUAGCAGCAGCUAUGCAAACUAGUUUAGUUGUUUGUUAAAUAUUCUUAUACUACACGUUAGGAGAGUUGCUAGUAUUUAUCUCAUUCAUUGACUUUAGCAUGAAUAGUAUUUAUAUAAUCCAGGGGGUGGGAUUUUCCUGUGUUUGUAAUUCUUGCUAUGCUUAAUGAUAUCAUUUGUUUCUACACGAAGUUUAGUUGUAUUCUGAUAUUAGCUAUAUGGGGAUUAGUCAUUCAAAGUUGGACAUUUUACCUCUUCAAGAAAAGUUGCACAAUGAAUAUAAUUAUAUUGACUGGGAAUAAUAGUAAAUAGGGUGAUGCAAAUAUCACUUGAAACAAUUUGUUGCAAAAAGUAUAACAAAAUAUGCCUGAACUGUGAAAGUGCAAGUGCAUAGGCAGAGACUCAGAGAGAGGUGAGCUAUGCCAUCCUCCUACAACUUCACCGGUUUUCAUGAUGUUUCUGCUGUGCCGAAAAUUCAAGACACAUGUUCUCAACUUAAAUUGUCCCUUAAAGACUGACAUGCUACUGGAGGUUGUAUAAUGCAUAAUAUCUGUGGUCAGAUAAUCUUUGCACUGCAUAUUCACUUUAAAGCCAAGACAGUAUUAGAGGCAGAUCGAAUUGGAGGUUAUUCUUCAUGCUAUUUCUUGGGCUAUCAAUGCAGGCUACUCUAACUUUGAAAGUCACUUUUAAUGGAUCAUUUGACCACGUGAAUAUUGAUUCUACCAGUGUCCAGAACCUGGAGAUAAUUGAGCCAAUGCACACUAGCCUUUUGGGGACAAACAAUAAGAAGAGAAGCCUAUUCCAAGUGCUUAAUACAACCAGAACAUUUGGAGGGUAUGCCAACUGCCUGACAAAUGAUUUAUUUUGCAUUUCGUUGUUUUAUGGCGUAUGUUGGUCUGGUCCUUUCUCAAAUUGUGCACAUUUGGAAGCUCUUUAACUGUGUUUCCCUGCUUAGGACAUAUUAGGAUAUUCACAUCUUUCUUUAUUAAAGCUAAUUUUUAUAUCAACUUAAUCCUCCAUGGCUCCAUGAGAUAUUUAACCACAGAGAGGCGAAAACACAUAGCAACAGACUACAGAGUAGUGCUUAUGCUAGCUUAUGUGCAACAUGAAAGAACUAACUAGCUCUAUCAUGCCUAUUGCUAGGAAGUAUUUUCGAGCAAAAUGUAAAAAUUUAUUAUGUGGUUUCUUAAUUUCAUACUUCCUCAAUAUGUAGAAACUACAUAAAAAUUUAUUAUAUAGUUUCUCAAUAAAAAUUUAUUAUGUAGUUUUUGUCAAAUACCUGUUUGACCGAGGGAGUAAAAGGCAUUGUCAAUUUUUUGUAUUGACAAAAACAAUGUAUGGGUAUCAUAUCUAAGGAGCAUAGUUGUUAGAGACCCGGACACUACAAAUAAUUAGAGUCUUAUCAAGUUAUUUUAAUAUUGGUCAAUAAUAGGGUUUUAGGCCUUACAACUAAAUAGAAGUGGCCUGGCCCAUUAGAAAUAGAAUAAAUAAGGGUGAGUGGUGAGUAGAUGAGAACAGCCAGAACUUGGGAUCGGGACUGGGAUAUUGGGAGUGAGAGACCACUCGAAGAGUCUCAAACCUUUUCUAUCGUUACUUUUUCUGUAUUCCCACACUAAAUCUUCAUUAAUAUACUACUACUUUCUACUUGGAUUCUUCCGUUACCUAUCAAUAGUCAUUGAUAGUUUAGCAUCUAAUGAUUCUUUUUGGGCAUUACAUAGGCUGUCCAGGAAUUAUAUCAUCAUCUGAUAUAAUUAGACAGGUAGCACAUACUCCUUGACCUUCUCUAUCACUAGUAGCCCCGGAUUCGGUAAUCGGUCCUACAAAAAAUCUAUUGGUGUUUAAUGAUAGCUCUGUGUUAGUAAUAACCGAUGCAGAUUUUGAGGGAUAUGAUCCCAACCAAUCGCUAGUGGCUGCAAGAAAUCACAUAUGGUAUGAUAUCAGUAUGGUUUUGUGGUUUUGAAUGUUUGGCGUUGGCAACUUUAUCCAGAGUUUCUUGUCUUUGGCUCCAUUGCCAACAUCAUUUGAAGAUCCCAAAGCUAAGGCCUUCCCAGUGAUCAAUUGCGGGGCUUCGGCUUUAUGUAUCAAUUAGUAUUUGUAAAUCUUCAUUGUAUUUCAUAGUUGCAACUGGCACAUAUCUUCUAUUGUUAAUCAUGUUCUGCUAGCAUCAUUCUUGUCUGAUUCUCAUUUAUGAAGCACGAAUUUGAACUGGAAUAGGAAUUGCUGUAGCAUUUCUACCAAACCACGACUUACUCCCAAGUUAUACACCAUGUAUCAUUAUCAUAUAUUACA